AUGGCUUUCACCGUCUUGUCGGACGCAAACGUGAAGCAGCUCUUCCAGGGCUUCGGCCCGGACGACGUCGCGCUCAUGUCCGACGUCCUCACCGACGCGUUCCUGUCGUACUCGGUCGGCCAGGAGGCGCAGUAUCAGCCCCACCGCGCCGCCGUCGUCCGCCCCAACGGCCAGACCGGCCUCUUCAUGCCCGCCACCAUGGAGGACGGCAUGUCCGUCAAGAUCGUCGGCCUCCCGCCCCCGUCUUCCGCGUCCACCGAUCUCCGCUGCGUCCUCACCGUCUGCGACGGCACCGGCAGGGCCGUCGGCAUCAUCAACGCCGAGGAGCUCACGGCUUUCCGCACCUCGCUCGGCUCCAUCCUGCUGUACCGCUACCGGAAGCGGACCGAGAAUGUCGUCGUCUUCGGCGCGGGGAAGCAGGCCCUGUGGCACCUCAGGCUUGCCCUCGUCCUCCGCGGGGGCGACAUCCGUAGCAUCACCGUCGUCAACCGCUCGCGGGCGCGCGCGUCCAAGCUCAUCGAGCGGCUCGGGGCCAUGGGCAAGGCCAGCGGGGUGGGGGCCACCGACACCGUCUCGUUCACCAUCAUCGAGGCGACCCCCGACAGCGCGCCGGGCGACGACCGCCUCCGCUCCGCCGUCGAGGGGAGCGACGUCAUCUUCUGCACGACGCCGUCCACGCAACGCCUGUUCCCCGCCGAGUGGCUGACCUCCGAGCGCGCUUCCGCCAAGACCCGGUACAUCUCGGCCAUCGGGUCGUACAAGCUCAACAUGAAGGAGCUCGACCCGGACUUCCUCCGCGCCGUCGUCGACACGCCCCUCGGAUCCUUCACCUCGGCCCGCGGGGGCAGCAAGGACGGCGUCGUCUUCGUGGACAGCCGCGAGGCCUGCUUCCUGGAGGCUGGGGAGCUGGUGGACGCCGAGAUCCCCGCCGGGAAGAUCACAGAGGUCGGGGAGUUUACCCACAGCCUCCGCGAGGCGGAUGAAACGGAGGCGGAGUUGCUGCGCGACUGGCUGGGGAACGGGUUGAUUGUCUACAAGAGCGUUGGGAUUGGCAUCAUGGACCUCUCCUUGGGCAAGGUUAUUUUGGAGCUGGCGGGAAAGCACAAGAUUGGCACAACACUCUCGGACUUCUGA